AUGCCCGCCGCCGCGCCCGCCCCGCGCCCGCCGCCGCCCCCCGCCCGGCCCGCCCCCGGCUGCCCCACUCGGCCCGCCCCGGGUAAGUGCUGUGCGCUCGGGCGCCCACCGGGUCGGGGCCGCCGCCGGGAUAGGGGGAGCCCUUCUGUCUCCGGGACUGGAGACCCCGCUCCGCGCGCGGCGGGGCCUCAGUGCGGGUCCCGCGGGGGUGCCCGGAGCAAGCGCGCAGUGCUUAGGGGCCGACCUGGGAAACGCAGGGACAUCCUGCGAGGACAUCGAGGUCUCUGUGGACAUUCUCUAAAAUGUUUAAGCUCGAGAAUCACGGAGCAGAAGCUGCAGGGCACCUGGCUGCCUGCUGGCCGAGGGAGCCUGGAGAAACCAUUCCUGGGAUCACGCAGCUCUGUGGUGCCUGCAUUUAGCCCCCAGAGUGGCCUUCACCCUGUCCAUGCUGAGAACAGCCCGCUGAAGCCCACGGUCGUGACCGUGGUCAAGGUGGGCGGCCACCCCCUCCGCAAGGUCACCCUGCUCCUCAACAGGCGAUCGGUGCAAACCUUUGAGCAGCUCUUGGCCGAUGUCUCAGAGGCCCUGGGCUUUCCCAGGUGGAAGAGUGACCGUGUGAGGAAGCUGUUCAACCUCAAAGGCCGGGAAAUCAGAAGUGUGUCUGAUUUCUUCAGGGAAGGAGAUGCCUUCAUAGCGGUGGGCAAAGAGCCGCUGACACUGAAGAACAUCCAGGUGGCUAUAGAGGAGCUGUACCCCAGCAAAGCCCGGGCUCUGACUUUGACCCAGCAGCACAGCCAGAUCCCCUCUCCAAGGCCGAGAAGCAGACUUUAUAGCAAAGCUGUGAAAGGGGGUCACCCCUGUGGGGAGACCGAGACCACCAAGAGCAGCGGGGAGGCUGCUAGGUCCCCGGCAGCCAUCAGACCCCAGGGGCAGACCCCAGGGGAGGACAGGGUGAGGACCCCGAAGAAGUGGGGGAAGGGGAAGCGGGAGCCGGAAUCUGGCAGCAAGGCGCCCAAGGAUGCGGCCCUAGAGAGGCGUGCCAGUGGAGAGAAGCACCUGGCGGUGGAGAUCGAAAAGACGUCGGGGGAAUUGAUCAGGUGUGAAAAGUGUAAGCGGGAGCGAGAGCUCCAGCAGGGCCUGCAGAGGGAGCGACUGUCCCUGGGUACCAGCGAGCUGGACCUGGGCAGGUGCCCCCGCUACGACGUGGAGAGGCUGGUGAGGACCAGGAGUUGCCGGAGGUCCCCGGAGGAGAAGCUCCAGGGUGGGGAGGAAGGCUGGAAGGAGGGUCCCCGGAGCAGUCCUGGGCACCCCUCACAGGAACCGAGGAGACCCAGCAAAAGCGUCGACAGGAAAGAGGACAGAGAUCCUGGAGGCCAGGCGGGUCAUCCCCCUGCUGCAGCCAAGGCCAAGAGGGACGUUUCCGUUGGGGAAGCACAGCCCCGCCGAGAGGAGAAGGACAGCAGGAACGCAGGCAGGAGCAAGCCGGGAGGCUGGCUGCGGAGGGAGCAUCACGCUGACCUGGAUCCGGAGAAGCUCCCCAGGACCCGAGGGGCCGAGCAGGAGGCGGAGAAGGAGAAGCCCGUGGUGUCCGGAGCGAGGAGGAUGAUGGUUCCCCGCGAUGAGCCGCCAGCCGGAAUCGAAAAGGAGCCCAGGACGAGGCCGGAGGAAAGCAAGGCGGAGCGGCCGGGCAGGAGGCGGCGGCCCGCGGGCAUCCUGGCGGCCGACGUGCGGAAGCAGUACGAGCCGGGCCGGGUGAUCGGCGACGGGAACUUCGCGGUGGUGAAGGAGUGCAGGCACCGCGGCACCCGGCAGGCCUACGCCAUGAAGAUCAUCGACAAGUCCAAGCUCAAGGGGAAGGAGGACAUGGUGGACAGCGAGAUCCUCAUCAUCCAGAGCCUCUCUCACCCCAACAUCGUGAAGCUGCACGAAGUGUACGAAACGGACGCCGAGAUCUACCUGAUCAUGGAGUACGUGCAGGGAGGGGACCUGUUCGACGCCAUCAUCGAAAGUGUGAAGUUCCCCGAGCGCGAGGCUGCCCUCAUGCUCAUGGACUUGUGCAAGGCGCUGGUGCACUUGCACGACAAGAGGAUCGUCCACCGGGACCUCAAGCCGGAGAAUCUGCUGGUUCAGCGAAAUGAGGACAAAUCUACCACCUUGAAACUGGCUGAUUUUGGUCUUGCAAAGCAUGUGGUGAGGCCUAUAUUUACUGUGUGUGGGACUCCAACUUAUGUAGCUCCUGAAAUCCUCUCUGAGAAAGGAUACGGGCUGGAGGUGGACAUGUGGGCCGCAGGCGUGAUCCUCUACAUCCUCCUGUGCGGCUUCCCCCCGUUCCGCAGCCCAGAGAGGGACCAGGAGGAGCUCUUUAACAUCAUCCAGCUCGGCCGCUUUGAGUUCCUGGCUCCUUACUGGGACAAUAUCUCUGAUGCUGCCAAAGAUUUGGUGAGCCGGUUGCUGGUGGUAAACCCCAAAAAGCGCUACACAGCCCACCAGGUCCUUCAGCAUCCCUGGCUUGAAGCUGCCGGAAAGACCAGCAGGGCAAACCUACGAAAGGAGGUGCCCCCCAGCAGCGAGGACCACUUCCGGAGCUAGCACACAUGGGCUGCAGAGCAGACGUCGUAGUCACAACCUCAGCAUCUUAGUCAGUCCUCCUUGAUCCUGCUUGGGGACAGAGAAGACGACAGACACGGAGGAGAAAAACAAUUAAAAAGGCUUCUUCACUUAACUGGAGAAUCAAAG